GGAUGAUACUCUGCAUAUCUCUACAAUAACAAGCUGAGUGAGGUCAUGUUACUGAAAGCUGACUGUAAUGUAACCUGGCCACAAGUUCUGGGGUCCAGCUGCAGGACCCAAAUCUGUCAUGGCCAGGCUGUGGUUUGGUGCCCCUUCAUGGGAACUGUCUGCUCUAGAUUAACUCCUGACUGAAUUAUGUGGGUCCUAUAGCUGUCUGGGAUUUCCAAAACAGUAGCUCAACUUGGGGGCUUCUGUUGGUACCUGUUUGUUUUAUGGUGUCCGCUCAGGUGACAGGGCUGUGGAGCCUGUAGGGGCAGAGGUGCCCUCAGUGGCUCCACAGCAGUGGGCUGCCAGCUCCUGGGCCAAAGUGAGGUGGAAAGCCGAGCCUGGGACUCCCAUGCAGAGCCAAGACCCGGGUUUGUGCUACCUCCCAGGUAUAACAGCGCUCUGGAGGAAAGCUUCCCCUACUUAGACUCUGGUGGCCCUGGAUCAUGAGAUCAAAGCAGUGAACUUAAGGAAGUCACCAAGCACACAGGACAGCAUCUCACUGACCAAGGGUUAACAAAAUCAGCAAAGAACAGAUACAGACCCCAAAGAACUGCAGAUUAUUGAAACUACCAGAUAAUGCAGGCAAGAGAAUAGUUAUGUGUGAAUGUUUAAAGAAAUAUUAAUAAGACAUCUUCCCACUAAAAUCUGGAACAAGACAAGGAUGCCCACUGUCACCAUUUCUAUUCAACAUAGUACUGGAAAUCCUAGCCACAGCAGUCAGACAAGAAAAAACAUAUCCCAAUUGGAAGAGAAGAGGGAAAAUUACCAUUAUAUGCAGAUGACAUGAUACUGUAUAUGCAAAGCCCUAAAGGGUCCACACAAAAACACUAGAACUGAUAAACAAAUUCAUCAAGGUGACAGAGUACAAUUAACAUACAGAAACCUGUUGCAUUUCUUUACACUAACAAUGAAAUACUGGAAAGGUAAAGUAAAAAAAAAAGUCCCUUUUAACAUCACAUCAAGAAAAAAAUAAAAUAUUUAGGAACAAACCUGGCCAAGGAGGUGAAAGACAUACACUGAGAACUAUGAAACAGUAACACAGGAAACUGAAGGUGGUUUACAGAGAUGGAAAGGUGCUCUUCCCUCCUGUGGCCAUCACUGAAGUGCCAGCGGCCAAAAUGAAGUUCAGUCCUGUUGUGACUUCUGACCAAAGCAAGAAUCAAAAAAGGCAUUUCAAUGUGCCUUCCCACAUUCACAGGAAAAUUAUGUCUUCUCUUUCUAAAGAGCUAAGACAGAAGUACAGCAUUCAAUCCAUGCCCAUCCGAAAGGACGAUGAAGUUCAGGUUGCACGAGGGCACCACAAAGGGCAGCAAAUCGACAAAGCAGUCCGGGUUUACAGGAAGAAAUACGGCAUCUACACUGAACGAGUGCAGCGGGAGAAGGCUGGUGGCACCAAUGUCCAUGUGGACAUUCACCCCAGCAAGGUGGUCAUCACCAGACUAAAACCGGACAAAGACCGCAAAAAGAUCCUCAAACGUAAAGCCAAAUCUCGCCAAGUAGGAAAGAAAAAGGGCAAAUACAAGGAAGAAACAAUUGAGAAGAUGCAGGAAUAAAGUCAUCUUGUCUACAGCUUUCUUUAAAAACUGUUAAAAUGAAAAAAAAAAAAAAGGAAAGGCAUGCCCUUGAAUUGAAAGAGUUAAUUUGGUUAAAAUGGCCAUACUACCCAAAGCAAUCAACAGAUUUAAUGCAAUCCCUAUCAAAUUACCCAUGACAUUUUUUUCACAGAACUAGAAUUAGUAAUCCUA